UGAAGAUCAAAGGCUUUACAGUCUUGAGCAGUGUCUGGUCCAGGAUAGGUUCUUACUAAAUAGCAGCCAUAUCAAUAAUAAUGAUGAAUAUUAUUGAAGACUUUACCAAGCCAAAAAGAAAAAGAAAAGGACAUGGGGAGCACAAGGGAGAGUGGUAAUAAAGUGACCUGAUUAUAUGUGUAUAUAAAAUAGAUUGCAUUAGGUAUCAUGAGGAUUAGUGUGAUAGUGACCUUGUUGCUAAGUGCAAAAGCAAAACAAUGACAUAAAAACAAGUAGGCUAGGCACUCAGUGGCAGAGAGAGAUGGAGGCAGACGCUGCAGGAAAAAAAAAGCUGAGUAAAAGGGGCCUUUGAUUCCACAGGCACAAAAAUCCACAGCCAGGAAUUUGCUGCCACCUCUGAGUCAGUCAGGGGGUGGGGGUGGGGAACACCAUUCCUUUAGAGAAUGCCCAGUGGAUUUAGUCUGAGUGUCACAUUUCUUAUUUGGAACAGUGUAGAUAGAAACAAACUCAGCUCACUUGUUUCCUGGGACAGUUGAGUUAGGGGAUGGCUUUCGCAGAGCACUCGCCGCUGACCCCUCACCGUCGGGAUCUCUGUAGCCGCUCCAUCUGGCUAGCAAGGAAGAUUCGUUCAGACCUGACAGCUCUUAUGGAAUCUUAUGUGAAGCAUCAGGGCCUGAAUGAGGACAUGGACCUGGAUUCCGUGGAUGGUGUGCCAAUGGCAAGCACUGAUCGGUGGAGUGAGCUGCCUGAGGCAGAGCGGCUCCUAGAGAACCUCCAAGCUUAUCGUACCUUCCAUGGUAUGUUGAUCAGGCUUUUAGAUGACCAACGGGUGCAUUUUACUCCAGCUAACAGUGACUUCCAUCAAGCAAUACAUACCCUUCUACUCCAAGUUGCUGCCUUUGCUUACCAGCUGGAGGAAUUAAUGGCGCUCCUGGAACUCAAGAUCCCCCCGAGUGAGGCUGAUGAGAUGCCUGAAAUUGUUGGAGACGGUGGUCUCUUUGAGAAGAAGCUGUGGGGCCUAAAGGUGCUGCAAGAGCUUUCCCAGUGGACAGUGAGGUCCAUCCAUGACCUUCGUGUCAUUUCUUCUCAUCAGACUGGGAUCUCAGCACAUGGAAGCCGGUAUAUUGCUAAUGACAAGAAAACAUAGCAGUUAGUCCAGCUGGAGUGGCUCGGUUGAGUGUCAUCCUGUGCACUAAAAGGUUGCUGGUUUGAUUCCUGGUCAGGGCACAUACCUGGGUUGCUGGUUCAAUCCCUGGUUGGGGCACAUAUAGAAAGAAGGCAACUGAUUGAUGUUUCUUUGCGUUCUCCUUCUCUCUCUCUCUCUCUCUCUCUCUCUCUCUCUCUCUCUCUCUCUCUCUCUCUCUCUCUCAUCUUUCCUUCCCUUUGUCUCUGCCUCCCUUCCUCUCUCUAAGCAUGUCCUUGGGUGAAGAUCAACAACAACAAAAGUAGCAGUUACCCAUCUCUCUCUUCUUUCCUAAUGGAAUAUUUAUAGUUUUCUGAGGCCUCACUUUCCCAUUCUUAAGUUUUUUAAAACCUUUGAGACCACAGGCAUUUUCAUCAAGUAAGGUUGGAGACCUAGACAAAUGGGAAUACAGGUUUAGUUGGUGGGAGUAUGGGGGUGAUGCUGGGACCGUAUGGGAAUGGGGCAGGGACACCAUUGUUCCACCUCAAUGCUCUAACCUUUCCUACCCACUAAGUAACCUCUACAGACAUUUGACAUUUAACAGCCUCACAGGGCACAUAUAUAUAUUUUUAACUCUAGUUCUGGAAGACUCUACUAAGAGGACUAUAAGAGGAAAUUAAGAAUCAUGGACUCUAUUCAAUUCAAACUCUUGGAAAAUAAAGAUAGUACCUAACAUUUAUUGAGUAUCUACUAUAUUGAAGCAAUAUGCCAGGGGCUUUAUGUAUAUUACCAUUUUUACAACCAUGAUGAGGGACGUGGUGUUAUUUCCAUUCGGCAGAUGAGGUAACAGGUUCACAGAAACAUAUAAUUUGUUUGAGACGACCCACCUAGCAAAUGGUGCACUAAGUUUGAACUCAGAUCUUUCUGAUUUCAGAGCCUAUAUGCUCCUCACUUAGAGGCCUGAUAUGAACCUCUAUCACUGCACCUUUGCCACAGAGGGUUGGAAAAUGGAUCCAUGGAGUCUGUCCCUAGCACUGAAAAAAACAACCCCCUUACGGUAGUCCCACUAUCUGCAGUUUCACUUUCCAUGGUUUGUUAUCCAUGGUCAACUGCAGUACAAAAAUAUUAAAUGGGAAAUUCCAGAAAUAAGCAAUUUAUAAGUUUUAAGCUGUGUGCUGUCCUGAGUACUGUGAUGAAAUCUCAUGCAGUCUGCUCCAUCCCACCCUGGACAUGAAUCAUUCCUUUGUCCAGGGUAGCCACGCUGUAUACACUGACCCACCCGUUAGUCACUUAGCCAUCUCAGUUAUUAGAGAGAGAUCACAUUCACUUAACGUUUAUUACAGGAUAUUAUAAUUGUUUUUUUCUUCGUUAUUGUUCAUCUUUUAUUGUUAAGAAAAAACAGGGUUCUCUACUAUCUGCAUUUCAGGCAUCUUCUGGAGGUUUUGGAUGACUCCCUAUGGAUGAGGGGGGGACUACUGUACAUGUCCUGAAGGGCACAAUGUUAGUGUCAAUGUUUUCCAUUCUCGUCAAAGAAGAGAGCAGGAGAGAUGUGCAGAUUCUGCUUGGGGAAAAGAUUAGGCCCCCUUAACUUCUACACUCGGGAAGCUGGGGGUGUGCUGUAAUGCUUCGUGCUUCAAAAUGUCUACCAAUGUUGGUGAGUUUGGGGUUGGGCACACAUUUAUUGUAAUCAGCAAUGCUGCAAUACAGUUACUAACCCAAGCAUUCAUGGACGAUGGGGGGAAUACUGCUCAGGUUAAAAAGUCACAGAACUACUUCACCACACAUUCUCUGGGCUUAGUCAUGAGGAGAGGGUGAGGCCCACUCUGUUCCCAGUGGGAAAGCCAGUGAUACUAAAACAAUACACAGCAAAGCCUCCAUGCUUCACAACAAAGCGGCAGCACUCUGUGUUUGAUGUCUUUGAGAGAAAGAGUAGGACAAGCGCCAACCAGUAAACGAGGGCAUUAAUGGAAAAGUUCACUGGCAGUUGGGCCUAUGAACUAGUACAAAUGGGAGCCCAAAAGUUCUCAGGUAGGAGUAUCAUUUCAUAACACCAAUCAAUUAAGAUGCAAGACCUUGGAUUGGGGGGUCCAAAUAAAUUUCACAUACCUAUUUGAAGUUUUUUGAAUUCUUAAAUGAGUCAUGUGUCAGAGAGAGCUAGCUCACAUAGAUUGCAUGAGAUGGAAUGGGUGACUUACCUUGUGUCCUUUCCCACAUGGGUGCACGAAGUCAAUAUGUGAAAACUCUGUGGUAGAAAUUAAGGCAAUACAAGGGAAGUAAGGCCCUGUUGUUUAGUAUGAAAACAAAGUUGAAUGCAUAUAAGAGAUCAGUAGUAGGUUGCAGUUGGGCGUGGGUUUAAAUGUUAGGGAAUUAAAGGAAGGAGCUCACCCUUACCAGUAUGGCUUAGUGGAUAGAGCAGCCCGAAGACUGAAGGGUCCUGGGUUCGAUUCCAGUCAAAGGCAUGUACCUUAAUUGUGGGCUUGAUCCCCAAUGUGGGGUGUGCAGGAGGCAGCUGAUGUUUUUCUCUCAUCAAUGGUUCUAACUCUAUCCCUCUCCCUUCCUUUCUGUAAAAAUCAAUAAAAUAUGUUUAAAAACAAGAAGGAGCUCAAUGAGGACCAGAAAUCACUUAUUCCUGGAGGAGGGAGGAGUUAGUUGUGCCUCAGUGGUUGGAUGAGUAUCAAAUCAAUAGAAAUCAAGAGAGAAACAGGAAAAAGAAGAAUGUGAGGCAAUAAUAUCCCUAGAGGAACAGCUAGCCCCUUGAGGUUUAUUGUUUGGUUUUAUUUCAUUUGUGAUUUUGUUGUAGGUCGAUAGUCCCUAGUGAGUGCAUAGAGGUUUAUUUAAUUCAAGCUUUUCCUAUUUGAAUUGUUUCUUCUGCUUACAAGCAGUAUUUCUGAUUUCUGAUUGAUAAAGUCCUGCGUAUUGGUGUGAAGUUCUUAAGUUUAUAUAGUAUUUUGGGCUCUUUGUUUAAUGGGGAAAGAUGACCAUAAAAUUUCUUAAUGGGAAAUAAAAACUAUUACAAACUUGCUUAAUCUAAAAAGCAUGACCCCUCUUCAAGGGUUUUGCUUCUAUAUUUGGAUGUUGCAGUGCAGAAGUUUCAGGGAUCCUUGGAGCAUGGCAUAAGCUCUGCUGAGUUGCACGUGAAGGACUGUUUAUGCAUAAGAGGCACAUUUGAAGUGGCAGAGAGUCCAGAAAAGGUACAAGUACUAACCACUGACUGGAAGGAAAUAGGAAGAUGUGUAAGUGGUAGGUCUGUUGAGUGCACCUCCAGCACUGUGCUGUGUAUCCAUUUCUUCAAGAAACUCACAGGAUCCUCCAAAGACGUGUGGGGAGACUCCUCAGAAAAAAAAGAUGAAGGAAGGGGGAAAUGAGCACUUAGCUAUAAUAAUAAAGACGAGCAUGCAUGGAUCUGCACGUUAGACAUCGCAUCAUGCCUACCUGAAGUGGAUGAAACAGACUGAAUGAGGGUUUGACAUUAGGCCAGGGCUGUAGGUGCCUGUCCUAUAACAGGGAAAAUGGUGACCCUGGGAGUCUAUAUGUUUUUAACCAUCCACAAUCCAAAAGAGAUAUUUGAUCUUUAGAUAUCAGUUCUUUUCCUCAGAUCUGUAUAUGGAUAGGAUCUCUGGGGAAAUAAUAUUUUUAUAUACAUAUAAACUCUAUAUAUAAAUAUGUACAUAUAGCCAUAUCCUAUAUGUGUGUAUAUGAUUAAAAUGCACCAAUUUAGUUCUUUGCCCCUAAUUCUUUUUAAAAAAUAUAUGUAUUUUAUUGAUUUUUUUUAUAGAGAGGAAGGGAGAGAGAUAGAGUUAGAAACACCGAUCAGCUGCCUCCUGCACACCCCCCACUGGGGAUGUGCCCGCAACCAAGGUACAUGCCCCUGACCGGAAUCGAACCCAGGACCCUUCAGUCCGCAGGCCGACGCUCCAUCCACUGAGCCAAAUCGGCCACGGCGCCCCUAUCUCUUAUUUUGUAAAGAGGAUUCCUUCCAUCCCACUGCCUCCAGAAACGCUCCUUUCAUGGGGAAAGAGACUAUUUUCCUGACUGACAAAGAACCACACGUGUGAGAGUUGAUAACUUCCUCCUGCAUUAAUUCAAGAGAGCCAUUUGGAAUAGACUUGCAAAUUAGCACAAACUUGAAGGCCAAGCAUAGAAUAAAAUUAGCUUUAAGAUAAUCAAGUUUGAGGGAAGUGAGAGUUUUAAUAAAAAUGGAAAGUGUAAAGUCAUAGCCCUGGUAUGGCUGUUAUUUCAGGACGCUAUGGACUAAAGCCCAGUGGAUGACUCAUCUUGGUGACUGCUGGUCAAACUAUGAGAGGACAAGUAAAUAUUCAGGGAGACAUAUCUGAAAUGUUUAGAAUGAUUUUUGUAAAUCCUCACCUUAUGAAGUAGCUGAGAAUAGGGUGGUGGUGGGGGAAGGAGCUUUCAUCAGGAUAAGAAAGGGGUUGGGAAGAGGAAAAGGAGAAAGAAAAUAGAAUUUGGAUAUAACUUCAAUUGAUUUAUUGUGUGCAUGGGUGCAUAUGUACGUACAUGUGUGUCGCCAGCAUUGUUUGGCUCAGGACAUUUAAAAGAAUGGUUUGGCCUUUUGUCUCAUUCCACCUAGGCUUGAAGCCUCAGAUCCAAGAAUGGACCCUCUGAAUGAUGAUGGUACAUUCAAAAAAAUGAAUGUGACAAAAAUUUCCUCUAUCUGCUUAAAAGCUUCUAUAGAGCUCAAAGGUCUACAGAUAAAUACAGACCCAAAAAAAUUUGUUCUUUUGAUGUAAUGUGUGUGGGGCAUGAGAUAAGAAAAUCCACGUGCAUGUGAUUCUUAUAGUACUUGGGUGGAUCAAUUUUGGGCAAAUAGAAAAUAAAAGAUGCAGGAAUGGCUCACAAUAAAGAUCUCACCUCAGCAA